AAGACAUUUUACGAUUUUAAUAUUACAAAUGUUUCAUGUUGGAUUAUAUUAAAAAAUCACUUUCCAUUUGAUGUCACAACGGUAUAAUUUUUGCUUUCAAGUCUUUUGAAUUGGAUGACACAUCGCGGAGUAAUUGUACAUGCCAUUGUAUUAUUGUUCAGUUCAAAAGUUUUAUACACUGUGUCCCAAGUUGAAAAGAAUAGAGAUAAUUCGUUUCUUUUUUUAAUUAUGAUGUAUUUAUUGUUAAGCAGUUAUUAAGUUACGAAAUGUGUAGUUCUCAUAUUUUACGAUUACAAGGUAAAUGACACAAUAAAUAAGUUAAUAACUAUAUACAUAGGUUCUAUAUGUUUCCAUUGUUUAUACUUAUCAUUACAGGAAUUUGAAAAGGGAAAGCGUAGUGUUGUACAAUAUCAUUAUUAUGCAGUAUGCAAUAUUUGUAUUAAAUUUAUACGGGGAGUAGAAUAAAAUAAAAGACAAUCUUUGUCAAAUUGAAAUUUUGCCAUUUAAAAAAGAAUCCAAAUUUUAGAAAUAAAUUGUGUUACGCUAUAGAAAUGAAGUCGAAAAAUAUUGAGGAUAAAAAAUAUUUUUUGCAAUAAAUCUCGCGCAAUGGUUCUAAAGAUGCUUAUUAGCAUCAUUAUCAUUAAAUUGAUUCUCAAUGUGAUUGUAUUAUUCCAGUUUCAGUCUGCGUUUCAAGAUAGACAUUAAUUAACGCCCGAGACACGCAAGACCAGGAUUCUGAAGGAUGGCCGUGUCGCGUAGAGUAAUGAAAAAGCAGAGAGCUUUGGUUUUUAGACCGUGCGGGAUCAACAUCGCCGCGGAUCAGACGGUAGUCGGCUGAGAAGGGACGUGCGCUUGGCCGCGUUACAAGAGAUUUACGCCGUAAUGGCAAGAACUAACACGUUAUCCUCGCGCGAUGCCGCUCCCAUGCGAGUUAGCGGCAUACUGUGGAACCGGAGGCUGUGUUAAGAGUGCGUUAACACGCGCGGUGAUAUUCGGCGCCGCGGAGAAAGGAUCUAGUUUCGUGACGGACCGGUUUGCCGUAUGGCCGGCCAGUUCAAUAGACGAUAACGGCGCCGAGUGCGUUACCAUUGUGUUCAUAUCCGUUUCUCGGAAUUGCCAUACCUGACGUUCUCCAAUUGUGCACCUAGCGUCUAUCGCUGAUAAAGAAGAGGAGAGGGAGAUAAAGAAAUAGGAAGGACCCUCGACGUUUCACCUUCGAGUAUUAACGUCAUCAAGCCAGUUGUGUGUCGGUGACUUGAACAGAGGAAACAGGAGGUAAAAAAUCAAGCGAGUGAACCGUCGUUUCACAUCGAAUCGUGAAGAGACGCAGAUUAAUGCAAGACGGAUGAGUGAGAGAAGAGGAAAUCACAAAUAAAAAAAUCAGAGGUGCCUAAGGAGGAAUAAGACGAGGACGAUCCAGGCGAGAUAUCAUAUAUUGCGAGACGGAGAAAAGUGUCUUCGGAGAAGUCGCGACGACUGCGGGGACCGAUGCUCAGGAUCGUACGAUGGCCGAGGCCCCGUCCGACCCGAGACCCGUGAGCGUCGUCGCCGUCGACGGUGCCGCUGUGGAUAAUGCCAGGAGCAGCGCGGACCAAACACAGGAAGCACGAGACGGUGGUCGGUCUUUUACCUCGACGGAGGCGCAGACAGAGCUGGGGCUUCAAAGUGGGGCUCCGGCGAGCCAGACCGAGGAGAUUCCCAGCGGUAUUCGAGACGCGCGUAGACGAGAGCGACGAAUACGCAGACAGCAUCGUCGCGCUCUGAGAUCUUGCUCUAUACCGACGUAUCCCGCCGCCACGCCAGGUUGCCAGACGGCAUCAACCGCACUGGGAAUGCCGCUGGUACCACCCGCCAGAGGUUUCCUUCACCCCCCGCCUCCGCAUUUGAGCCUCAGAGGCCUCAGCCUCGGUUUACCAUUCCCUGUACCCGCUAGCGUGUCUGCUUUCGGCAGGGACACAGUACCAAAACAGUGUUGCGGUUUGGGUUCCCCGCCAGUACGCUGGUCCAUAUUGGGUGUCGGCUUCGUAGGUCUAGUCUGCGCCGGUGCAGGCACACUCCUUGGCGCUCUUAAAGCCUCUGGUCGUGAUCACCUUUUGGGAAUAUUUAUGUCUGGUAUAGGAGUGCUUUUGGUAUUGGUGAGUGCAGUGGCAUGGCGAUUAACUAAUCAAGAUUAUUGCGGCAGCUUAUUCGGCUUCACAAGCAUUUCCGGUAGAAUACCCCCGGCGAGACCGAUACAUCCAUACGCCGCUAUGAUCUAUCCGGAAUUCCAAUUUAGAACGCCGCCACCGAGCUAUCAGGCUAGUAUGCAAGAGUAUAGACUUCGGUUGUUGUUAUUGGACCGAUUGCAGCCUACGUCGUCGCCGCCACCGACUUACAGGUCAAAUGCGGGAAGUAUUGUGACUCCUGGUACAGCAAGGGAGAGUCGACCGCCAAGUUAUUGUGCCGAAUCCAAUGUCGCGCCUAAUAUUACUUUAGUAUCUUCGAAGAAGGACGCAAAUCUCGUUAGGAUUGUCCAAACUGAAUCCGAACCGGUUAUCCUUAGUGGCGAUCAAACGCCACCGGUAGCUGUCGAAGUAUUAGCGCAUCUUUAGAUUAAGCGACAAAUUCAUCUGUGCUUUUGCCAUUUUUUUUUUUUUCGAAGUUUGAAGCGAUGAUGUACCUAACGUAGUGUUAUUAGGUAAAUUACUUUUUGGCAUGAGAAAAGAUGAAGAUGAAGUUCACAGACGCCAUGUAUGCCUUCACACCUUAAUUCUCAG